AAAGCCAGGUCUAAUCCUGGUUAGAAGGACCUGCCUAUGGUGGGGGCUUUCCAAGGAGUUGGUGUCAGGAAGCUCAGUAGCAGUUAAACAGAAGAAAAAUCUUUUGGUUUUAACCAUAUCCUGGGUAGUUAGGUCAAAUGGGAACAGAUUUGUUUCUUCAUACCUUUCACCACAUGCUUUUAAAAACUAGUCUCUAGAUCUCUCUCUGUGAUGUGUGACUUGAAAGGGUGUGUGUGUGUAGGGGGGUGGGUAGCCCUGUGAUUGGGAACACAGUAAUUAUAAUAAGAGCACUCAGGGUCCAUCUAAAAUGGGGAUGAAUAGCCUUGUGGUAAAGACCAUUGGUUCUCUUCUAUACACAGUCUAUCUUGUACUGGCUUUGCAGUUUUAAGAGUAAUAAUGAUGACAAUAAAGAGGAUAUUCCUUGGUUCAGUCUCAUGAUUUAGGGCCUCAGGGAUUAAAAGUUUGGUUUCGGUUUGUUCUCUUGAGUAGAUUAUUAGUUACAGUGACCAUCAUAGUGCAUUCGUUCAGCCCUUACUCUGUCAGGGACUCAUUAUUCAGAUGAAUACUGUGCAACAAGCAGGGCCGUGGCCGAGAAGAUUGAGCCAGGAGUGGGGGUUAGCAAAUGGCUGCUGCACCUGGAACAGAUGAGAGUAAUCCAGAUAGAUGGGGUGGGAUUAAAUUUCCUCAUUAGUCCCUCUUUAGAAAUAAAUAUAUGUGGAACCUGUAGCAGGGUUUGUUUUUUCUUGCUCAACAAAGCCAGAGAUUGUUGUGGGAUUCACAUCCAUGAAAACCACAUAUGUAGUAGUUUAUAUUCUUCUGAUUCAAAGCAGAGAGAACCUGUUUGCAUUUUAAUUAGGCAGCAUCAGAACAUUUAUCAUUUUGAAUAGCCUUUUUACUGGGUUUGUGUUAGAAGUUGUGGAUUAUAUUCUUUCAAUUUAUUACAAGUUAAAUAAAGCCAUAACGUUGAGGCUGGAUUUUGAGAUCCUGCGCAGGGCCCAUCUGAUGUAUUUUUAGUGAAUUAUAACCUUUAAAUACUGAUUAAAGGUUACAGAUUUGUUUCAUUUGAAUCUUAUUUUCAUAUCUAAAAUUUGUCUGUUUCAACGUGCAGCUAAACCUAGUGGUAUAAUCUUAGUCAAAUUUAAAAGUAUUUUCUGAUCUGGGACUCCUGUCAAAGAUCAACAUAGGAACUAGAAAAUGUUAGGAGGUAAAAUGAACACAUGACCUCAUCUCUCUUAUUUUAUACUAGACUAUAACUUGCAUUCAAAGAGACUGGAAAAAGAAAAACAACAUUCCUUUCCAUUAAGCUGUCAUAAAUGUGUUGUUGAGUAUGGUUUUGCUAUUAAUAAUCCCUUUUAGCUGGAAGAAUGGAGGAUUUUGUUUGAAGUAUCUGAAACUAAAUGCUGCUGGGAUAAAGAUUUUACUAGAAAUACAGAGUAGUUACCAGUCCCUACCCUUUGUUAAUUGAUCCUGCCUGUUUAACUGGGGAAAUAAAAAUGUACAUCUACUGCAGAGAAAUCUGUGGGCACAAACUAUUCCUCUCCUGUUUGCAGAUGUAUUUCAUAGGUUGUUUUUCUUACCUAAAUAUACAAUAAUACAGGAGACAACAGAAUGCAACUACUGUUCCUUUAAUAUCAGAGCUAUGCACGUUACAAUAGGUGUCACUGUUUUGCUUGGUCCAAUCAUGAUUGGUGACUUCAGCUAUUGGCUCCCAGCACUGGCUGUCUGACUCCAUCUGCAGGGCUGUAAUACCUACUCUCCUCCGAUCCAUUCACCAUACAACUUCAGCCGGCUGAACAGACUCGCACGGCUCCAGCACAUCUUGCUAACCUAAUUCAGAAAACAAGUGCUACGUCUCUCUCUGCCUGUCAUCUGUGCUCAGCGUAGCAUUUUCAGAGACGGUAAAGAAUAGGUCCAAGAAAAGCUCGAAGACAAAUACCAGCAGCAGCAACAGCGGCAGCAGCAGCAAGUUGCCCCCAGUUUGUUAUGAAAUAAUUACCUUGAAGACUAAAAAGAAGAAGAAGAUGGCUGCUGAUAUAUUCCCUCGUAAAAAACCAGCCAACUCCAGCAGCACCACUGUCCAGCAGUACCACCAGCAGAAUCUCAGUAAUAACAACCUUAUUCCGGCCCCAAACUGGCAGGGUCUUUAUCCUACCAUUCGAGAAAGAAAUGCAGUGAUGUUCAAUAAUGAUUUGAUGGCAGAUGUACAUUUUGUGGUUGGGCCACCAGGUGGGACUCAGCGGUUGCCAGGACACAAAUAUGUUUUAGCUGUUGGGAGCUCUGUGUUCCAUGCAAUGUUUUACGGAGAACUUGCUGAGGACAAAGAUGAAAUCCGUAUACCAGAUGUCGAACCUGCUGCUUUUCUCGCUAUGCUGAAAUAUAUCUAUUGUGAUGAAAUUGACUUGGCUGCUGACACAGUGCUGGCCACUCUUUAUGCUGCCAAAAAGUACAUUGUCCCUCACCUCGCCCGAGCCUGCGUUAAUUUCCUGGAGACCAGCCUGAGCGCCAAGAACGCCUGUGUACUCCUCUCCCAGAGCUGCCUGUUUGAGGAGCCAGACCUGACCCAGCGUUGCUGGGAGGUGAUCGAUGCCCAGGCUGAGUUAGCUCUCAAGUCUGAGGGAUUCUGCGAUAUCGACUUCCAGACUCUAGAAAGUAUCCUCCGCAGGGAAACUCUGAAUGCCAAAGAAAUUGUGGUUUUUGAGGCAGCUCUCAACUGGGCUGAAGUGGAAUGCCAGCGACAAGAUCUAGCUUUGAGCAUUGAAAAUAAACGCAAGGUCCUUGGAAAGGCACUUUACUUAAUCCGCAUACCCACAAUGGCCCUGGAUGAUUUUGCAAAUGGUGCUGCCCAGUCAGGAGUUUUAACUCUCAAUGAGACCAAUGACAUUUUCCUCUGGUACACUGCAGCCAAAAAGCCCGAGUUGCAGUUUGUAAGUAAAGCCCGCAAGGGCCUCGUCCCCCAGCGCUGUCACCGUUUCCAAUCAUGUGCCUAUCGUAGCAACCAGUGGCGUUAUCGGGGCCGCUGUGACAGCAUCCAGUUCGCAGUUGAUAAGAGAGUGUUCAUUGCUGGCUUUGGGCUGUAUGGCUCCAGCUGUGGUUCUGCAGAGUAUAGCGCCAAGAUUGAACUCAAGCGGCAGGGCGUUGUUCUGGGGCAGAACUUGAGCAAGUACUUCUCAGAUGGCUCCAGCAAUACUUUCCCCGUGUGGUUUGAGUACCCAGUGCAGAUUGAACCAGACACCUUCUACACAGCCAGCGUGAUACUGGAUGGAAAUGAACUCAGCUACUUUGGACAAGAAGGCAUGACGGAAGUUCAGUGUGGCAAGGUGACUGUCCAGUUUCAGUGCUCCUCAGAUAGUACCAAUGGCACUGGGGUGCAAGGAGGGCAGAUCCCUGAACUCAUAUUCUAUGCUUGAAAACACCUCCCAAAGCAGUGUGAGCUCUGAGGUGCGCAUCUGGUUCCUACUUGCUUAUACUUAGCUCAUCUGCAGAUCAGCGCAGGUAAUUCGUAAUGAAUGAAGCUGUAGGCAGUUUCUUAAUUUCUUUCAAACUUUUAAUUAUGUAUAGGCAAAAAUGCAGCAUUCAGCUUUUAACUAUAUGCUUAAAAGAGCCAAGUUCUUAUUUAAGGCUUUGUGGUUUUUAGAGUUGCAUCUAUACACCCGAGGAGAAUUUGUGCUCUUUUCCAACUGCUCCAUUGACCUCCCAGUUUUGUCUCUCUCAGAAUUUCUGGGUCACCUUGAAUUUCCUUUAGGGCUUUAUUUUGACAAUAGAAAUAAAUAUUCUAAAAUAAUAAUGAGUUAUUUUUAAAGAGAACUCCCCCCCUUCCCCAAAUUACAUGUAAACCUCAGUGUACAAUUUUGAAAGAAGCUUUGCUUCGUAAUAAAUAAUAAUUUAGAAAGUAGACGAUAGUUUUGUUUAGCUCUUGUUUCAUUUUAAGUAUUUUACUCUGGGCAUUAUUUUUUCUUAAAUCCAAAAUUCAUAAGAUUGUUAAAUGUUAAACACUGCAAAGUAUCAAUGUAAAAUAGGAAAUUGGAUGUUUGCUUAGGCCAGGACUUCUACUACAAGCAGGUUUUUAUCCUUUUAGUUUAGAAGACAAACUAUUGCAGUACAGACACUUCUUUUGGAACUAAAUUACACAUUUUUAUUGUCAUUGGGGAAAAUCACAAGCCUAUUAAUUUAAACUAAAACAGCUUAGAAAGGAAACCUAAAGAAGUCCCAUUCUACAAAUAGUCUAUUUGAUGGCGUGAUAGAACACACCAUUUGAAAAAGCCAGUCUUCUCCCCACUUUGCUUCUGAUCCCCACUAUUUGCUUGUUUUUAUAAGUCAUACUGUAUAGAAUUCUUAUGCCCUUUUUCCCAUGAAAAGAGGACCAAACAAUUCUUCAGAUGUGUGGAGUAAUAAUUAGUUUUGUAGCACUACAUGUUAAUGUAAUAAGAUACUUUUAUUCUUUGAUUUUUCUUUUUUCUUUUUAAUCCAAAAUACACUUUACCUGAUCUACUUUGACCACAUACUAUCUUCUUAGUUAUAAUUAUGUCCUGUUCCUAGACUGCUAGAAUUUGGUCUUUGGCUAUCUUAAAGUGCCAAUAUAUGCCUGCAGGGUUUUUUAAAAAAAGUCUGGAGCGAUACAUUUGAUUGUAACUGAUAUUCACUGCAUCAGCAUCACAUCCAGCCCUCUUAUUUUUACACGGCUAAUGUAAACAAAGGAGGGAAAAGCUCAUCCAAAAAUUCUCCUUCAGUGAUGGCUUGUGAUGGUUUAGUGCCUGUGACCCUGGUAGUGUCCAAUGUGUUCACUGCCAGUUGAAGUAUCCAUGUCUUUCUGGGCAGCUUUUCUGCUCAGUGUGAUCCUGAGAUGGCUUCCCCCACCACCCAGAGUGUGGUCCCUGGCCGCCUCCUUCUCCUGCUCUGCGAGUCCCAAGCUGGCUUGUCUGGAGCCAGGGGUUAGUCCUGGGGUGGGUGGGUGGGUGUGUGCACGUCGUGGGCGUCCAUGCACGUCCAUGUGCAUGCAAGUGUGUUUGCCGACUCAGGCAUUGUCUCCUCCCUGCCUGGCCAGUAUAAGAGGUCAGACAGAAAUGGUCCCCAUGCUGGCCCUAGCAAGGCCCCAGUAAGUGACUACCCUUAUCUUAUUCACUGUGCUUCUGGGCCACUUUUCCCCCCCAGUCGUGGGGUUUUUGCUUUUGGCCAGCUUCCCUGGUGGAGGAGAACACUGGAUUAUGGGAAAUGUUUUAAUCAUGUUUGCCAUUACCUAUGCCUGUUAGCAUAGGUGAUCAAAAGCUGUUACUGGUGAUUUUAGAUGAGUACUCCCAGGACAACUUUCCAAAAUUAUCUAACAACUAUUUCUUAUUAGGAAGAUGACAGAUAGUAGUUUUGGCAAAGUAUUUAUGAAAUAAAGGUGUGUUUUCAAUUUAAAAAUAGUUCUGUAAAGGAUUUUGCUUUUAAAUUAUGAUUAAACAUUUCGGUAACUCAUAGCUACCAUGCAAAUUGGUAGACUAUAUACCUGAUUAGAAGGCACUCAUUUUUAAGCCAGAGAAGAAGAAACCUGAUUUAACACUAAUGUCAUCAGAUCAGAUUGUUGAGGUGGGUGUGAUAACCUUAGAUUAAAGAUUGUUCAUUUAGUAACGUUCACUGUCAGCACUCCUGUUAGCAAGAUGCCCUCCAUGUGGCUAGGGAACUGCUGGGUGAAAGCCGAGGGAGAUCUUGUACACUGGGGGUAUAAGAGCUUGAUUUUAUGUUAAUUAUUAUUACCUAAAAAACAAAAGACAGAUUCAUCACCUAAUUGGCUGGUGUUGAGAGCCAUGAGUUAAAUUUGAAAAUUGUAUUUAGAAUAAGAAAUUUUGUAUUUUGAAUCCUAUUCUCCCUGUUGCAUUUUCAACAUGGAAUGAAAGCUAAUGUGCUUGCUUCAUUUUCUUUGGUAAUCUCGAAUUUUGUAGCUUUUAAAACUAGAAAACCAUUGUUCUGACAAGACAGGCAACUCUAGUGUAAAAACACAUCUUUAUUAAACAGAAUACUCUGUAGAUGCUUUUCCCAAUGUAUCUGGCAGUCUUUGUCGUUGUUCAUACUGGGGAUAAAGGGGAACUAGGCUAGCAGUUCUAAUGUAACAUUCUUUAAGCAUAUCUUAAUAUAGUAUUUAAGUAAAUGGUCUAAUUUCUACAUAAUUAUUGCACUGAACUGUCUUUUUUGUUUUUAAGGUGUUUAAAUAAGCUCGGCUAAUUCAAGACACUAGCCAUUUGUGCAGAGUGCUUGAAUUUAGUAGCUUACAGCAUUAUUUAUGAAGGAAAAAUAUAUAAAUAUGAAGUACCUCAUGUUGAAUGUUAUUGUACUGUAUUUUUAAUGUAACAGUGCAGAUCUUGUUAGACACAUGAAUGUGUAUAAUCAUGUUAAAUGCAAAUAAAAAUAAAAUUGGUUCAUAGAUUUGUUUUCCUUAGCAUUUUUGUAGGUCCCUUGAAACAGUAAAAAAUCCAUUCUGGCACUUUUGGUGCCACUACGUUUUGCAGAGAUGGUUUUGCAGGAACAUUUGUUUGCUAAGUAUUCAGAUAUCUUUGAUCCCUAAAGAUGUAAAAAUUUGAGGUAAAAGCAUAAGAGAACAAUGAAUAUGUUAAUCAAUCGCAUUGUUCAAAGCCUGACUGUGAAGUUAAUGAGAGGAAAUGAAUGGAUGCAUUUAUAUUCCCUAUAUGAAACUCGUGCUUUGCUGGCAGUCUGAUGCUAUAGUUGCUCACAUGUCUGUGGAUCUGACUGUAUAAAGGGGUGUGGAUACUGAAUCACAUCUAGCUUUAGAUGUAACCAGUGCUGCUUGUUCCUGCUGUGUUAUAAUAGCUGGAGUGUCUGAAUGAAAAAAAAUAAAUGUCAUAUGAGAAUUUUGAAUAUAA